AGCAGCCACUGAAGGAUGACACCCGAGAGACGGUGUCAUACUCGCUCUCUUGCUGUCUCACACACACACACACACACACACACACACACACACACACACAGAGGCAGAGAUGUACCUCUCACACGUGCCAGCGUGGAUCUCACACACGCACACACAGAGGCAGAGCAGUGCUUAUCACGUACCAGCGUGGAUUACACACACACACACACACGCACGCACGCACGCACGCAAAGAUGUACCUCUCACAUACCUGCAUUGAUCUCUCUCUCUCACACACACACACACAAACACACACACACACACACACACACACACACACACAGAAGCAGAUUCACGUCUUCCACACGCACAAGAGUGGAUGAGACACUGCGGGGCACGUCCAUUUCAAAAAGGACUGCGUACCUGGUGCAGGCGGUGAGAGCAGCGGGGAAGUGCGAUGCGGUCUUUAGGGGCUUCUCCAACUGUUUGCUCAGGCUGGGAGACAACAUGGCCAACUACCCGCAGGACCUGGACGACAAGAGAAACCUCCAGACCAUCUGCUCGUACUGGGAUGAUUUCCACGCCUGCACCCUCACGGCCCUCACGGAUUGCCAGGAAGGAGCGACAGAUCUUUGGGAAAAACUGAAGAGGGAGUCCAAAAACCUCGAUUUCCAAGGCAGCUUAUUUGAACUGUGCGGGGGAAGCAACGGGUCGGCGCCUUCCCUGCUCUUUCCCGCCUUGCCGGUGCUCCUGGUCUCUCUCUCCGCGGCGCUAGUGACCUGGCUGUCCUUCUAGGAGCCCUGGGCAGAGCACACCCCCUUGCACACUCACACACACUCACACAUCCUCUCCACGUGUUGGAUUUACAGAGGAGGUGCCCAUCCGCCGCGCUGGGGGGACUGUGUGAUGCAUCUAUGCUGAUGAACCACCCAUAAAGGACUGUGGCAUCGCUCUCUUUCUCCUGCUCUCUCUCUCUCUUUCCUCUCUCUCUCGAUUUUGUGUUUUAUUUGCCAAAUGUUACCAAACCGUUGAGCAGCCAACAGCCAAAACCGGACCUCAGCUUUAUCCUGUCUUCACGUCACAAGAGCAAAACUCCAGCCCUUGGUUGCAAAACAAUCUCAGGAACGGCUCUGGGCCACCUAAUCUUAAUAAAUAUGAAUAUAUAUAAAUCAUCACGCUAAGGCAGAAGGGGCUCCUCUGAGAAUCUGAAAGAGAAAUGAAGUGAGGGGGAAACAUAUAUUAAUAACCCAGCCAAGAAACCACCACCACCAAGUAACCCAGGCACUGCUGGAAAAGAACCCAGAUAGAUCCCACAGCUGAAGCAUAUGGUGAAUAACUCACAAUCUCUCAUCUUUUUUUUUUUUCCUCCUCGGUCGCUUGUUUUUUGGUCCAUACCACUGCAAAAAAAAAAAAAAAAAAAAAAAAAAAAAAAAAAAACUCCAACAAAACAAUACUAAUAAUAAGAAGAAUCCUAUUAAUCAUUUUUCCUCACGGGAGGGAAACAAGGAAGAAAGAAAUGGCCAGAAAGGAAGGAAAAAGAGAUGUCUGCCACUGAUGACUGAAAGAAUGAAUGCUGCUAAGAUUGCUGAGUUUAGCUUUACUGCUGUUGUCAAGGCAUCUUUCUGAGUUCACUGCUUUUAAUUUGAGUUUUCCCUCCUCUUGUUUUAGAUGUUACUCAUACAGUAAGAUACCUGAAUAUCCGACAGGCUAGAUCACAAAAAAGAAAAAGAAAAAGAAAUAUAUAUAGGGGGCUUAAAUGUAAACCUAAAAAAAAAAUACAGUAUAACGAUUUUGACAAAAAAAGAGCCUUGAUUUUAAAAGGAAAAAUGUAAUUAAAAAAAAGGUUUAUUAUAAAGGUAAUUCAGCAAAAAAAAAAAAGAGAAAUUUGCUACAAAGUAUAGAAAGAAGUAUAAAAUAAAAAUUAUUGUUUGAAAUGAGGGUGUCGUUUUAUUUACAAAAUAUGCAUGGGCAAUAUAUAUAUAUAUGUGUGUGUGUAUAUAUAUAUAAACAUACACAUAGACAUACACAUAUAAAUAUAUAUGUAUGUGUAUAUAUAAAUAUACAUACAUAUAAAUAUGUGUAUAUAUAAAUAUACACACAUAAAUAUAUGUAUGUGUAUAUAUAAAUACACACAUAUAUAAAUACAUAUGUGUAUAUAUAAAUAUACACAUAAAAUAUAUGUAUGUGUAUAUAUAAAUACACACAUAUAUACACACAUAAAUGUGUAUAUAUAAAUACUAAUGCAUCUAUAAAUAUAUGUGUGUAUAUAAAUACACACAGAUAUAAAUAUAUAUGUGUAUAUAUAAAUACAUAUAUAUAUAUAUAAAGAUAUAUGUGUGUUAAAUACACACACACAUAUAUAUAUAUGUGUGUGUGUGUAUAUAUAUAUAUAAAUGGACACACAUAUAUAAAUAAAUAUAUACGUGUGUGUAUAUAUAAAUACACACACAUUUAAAUGGACAGGUUUUUAAUAUACUGGAGCCUAAUACAGACUUGACAACUUUAAUACCAUAGACAUUUUGGUGCAAAUAAAUCUAGAAUUGCUCAAUUGA